UGCUACCUAUCAAUGCCAAUCAGUGCCACCUAUCAAUGCUGCCAAUCAAUGCCACCUCUCAGUGCCAGUCAGUGCCACCUAUCAGUGCGCAUCAGUGCCACCUAUCAGUGCCCAUCAGUGCUGCCUAUCAUUGCCCGUCAGUGCCGCCUAACAGUGCCAGUCAGUGCCACAUAUCAGUGCCAGUCAGUGCUGCCUAUCAGUGCGCAUCAGUGCCGCCUAUCAGUGCCAGUCAGUGCCAACUAACAGUGCCAGUCAUCAGUGCCACCUAUCAGUGCCGCCUAUCAGUGCUGCAUUUCAGUGCCCAUCAGUGAUGCCU